UUCAACGUUUAAAACUGUAACAGUGCGCGCAAUCUAUCCUACCGUACAGUGCCUUUUUAAAAUCCACUUUACAACUAUAGAAACUGUUUUCUUUUAAAAAGUUAAAUUUUAAAAUUAAAAAGUUUUUUUUUGAAUUUUUAUUCAUUCAACCGUAUCAACAAAUGAGGGCAUACAAAUUUUUGAUUCUGGCUUUCUUAUCAACAUGGAUACCAUUAACACUAUCAACAGAAAUCGGAUCAGAUCGUCGUUAUUGCCCCGAAGAGGCUCACAUACAACCAACAAUACGUACAUUGACAGGGAAUCGUUUGGCUGAGCUAAGAAAACAUAUGCGUCGUGAAACUUCAGUGGGUUCGGCGAAACCAUUAGAUGCCUACAUUAUAACAUCAAACGAUGAACAUCAAUCCGAAACAGUUUCAGAUCACGAUAAACGACGUGAAUACAUUACCGGAUUUACCGGUAGUCGAGGUGUUGCCGUGGUUACGCUAAAUAAAGCAGCUCUAUGGGUCGAUGGAAGAUAUCAUAUUCAAGCAGAUAAUGAAAUCUCUUGUGAUUGGUUACUAAUGCGAUCGGGUAAAGAAGGUGUACCAGAAAUUGCAAAAUGGAUUAAAGCACAAUUACCGCCAAAUUCAAGAAUUGGAUCCGAUCCAAAAUUAGCACCGAAUGAUUAUUGGGAACUAUUAAAAUUCGAUUUGGAAAGUAAUUCAACGCUCAGUUUGGUAGGAAUUCGAAAAAAUUUAAUUGAUUUAAUUUGGGAUAAAACUUUACGACCGCCUAAAUCCACGGCGAAAAUUUAUGUUUGGGAUAUCCAAUAUGCAGGUGUUCCAUGGCAAGAGAAAGUGGUCGCUGUUCGUAAGGAGAUGAAAGAAAAUGAUGCUGAUGUGUACUUGGUGUCUGCAUUGGAUGAAAUUGCAUGGUUGCUGAAUAUCCGCGGUAAUGAUAUUCCACACAGUCCGGUUGUGGAAAGUUAUGUGAUUUUAACUUUGGAAGAAGUGCAUUUUUAUGUGAAUCCAGUAAAAUUAACAACGGAAGUACGUCAACAUUUUAAAGCGGAUUUUUGUGCGUCUACGGAAUGUGUCAAAAUACAUCAAUAUGAAGAUAUUUGGGCUCAUUUACGAACAUAUUCACAAAUUUGGAAUAAAGUGAUAUUGGAUGGAGCAAGUCAGGCAAUCUUUCAAACACUUCCAGGCAAACGAUUAUUAUUAAAAGAGUCGAUAAUUAACAAUAUGAAAUCCAUAAAAAAUCCAACAGAAAUUAAAGGAAUGGAAAAUGCACAUAUUCGAGAUGGUGCCAUAAUGUGCGAUUUUCUAGCCCAUUUUGAACAGCAGUUUAACAAUGGCGAACCCUACGACGAGUUAAAAUUAGCAAAAGAAUUGGAUUCCUUUCGUUAUGAAUUAUACGAUAAUAAUUUAUUCAAAGGAACAAGUUUCCCGACAAUCGUUGGAUUUAGUUAUCAUGGCGCAAGUCCACAUUAUGAGCCAAAAAAUUCCAGUUCUAUUCCGAUAACGACAGAUAGUACAAUCGUAAUUGAUUCGGGUGGACAAUAUUUAGAUGGAACUACAGAUGUGACACGUACGUUACAUAUGGGCGAACCAACUCAAGAACAAAAAGAAAUGUAUACAAGAGUUUUAAUGGGUCAGAUACAGUUAUCAUCGUUAAUUUUCCCUGCAAAUAUGAUUAUGGGUAAUGCAGAUAUUUUGGCUCGGAGUCCAUUGUGGAAUGUUGGUUUAGAUUAUAUGCAUGGAACUGGUCAUGGAAUUGGAUCUUUUUUAAAUGUUCAUGAAGCACCCAUAAAUUUAUUUUACGGGAACAAAAAAUUAAAAUUUAAAGAAGGCUACUUUUUAUCAAAUGAACCAGGAUUUUACAAAGAAGGUGAAUUUGGAAUUCGAUUAGAAAAUAUUAUGGAAACAAUCGCAGAUAAAACGAAAAAAAAUCAUCAAUCCGGUGAACCAUUUUUGAAAUUUGUGGAUGUUACUUUGGUACCAUAUGAUACAAAAUUAAUCGAUGAAGCCCUAUUAACAGUUCCUUAUAGACGUUGGUUAAACACAUACAACGAACGAAUUCGUAAACUAGUUGGUGCUGAAUUAAAAAAAGAAUUUCGAAUGAAAGGAUUCUAUUGGAUGAUGAAACACACAAAAUACAUUCCAGAAUAUGGACAUAUUUCCGGUGCAGAAUCAAUAUCACAUAAUUAUUUAUUAUAUUCAGCGAUUUUUGUAAUUAGUAUUUUAAUUUUGUAAUUUAAAAUUUAGAUAUGUUGUUUUUUUUUUUUUGUAAAUGUUGUGGAGCCUGUUUAUGUAUAUAGAAAAAUGUAGAAAGUGUUAGAAAAUCAUAAAAAGAAAGAAUUUAUAGGUCGAUAUUGAAGAGAAUUUGGAAUAAUUUUACGUUAUUGAAAUUCUAAUCACUUGUAAUUGUAAAAUGGGAGUGAGUCUCAGUAAGAACAGAAAUUAUAUAAACUUGAUAGCACUAGGGUCAACCGAUCGGUAAUCUUUAGUCACGUAAUGAGAGAUUUGUUCACGCGCUCUGCACAUGCGUCAAAUAAUCUUUAACUUUGUAAAUCAUAACCUCUAC